AUGUAUAGAGGAAUUAAUUGUGUAAUUAAAUCUUUCUUGAAUAUGUUUUUGCCAAUAUUUCAAUCUCCAUUCUUCUAGAUCUCAAGAACUUAAUCAGAGGUUAUUGUGAAAGUAUACUAAGAGAAAUUGAUAAUCGAAGGUUUCGUGGGAUUCGAAGGCCGAUAGGAAAAAAUGUUGGAUUUUAUUGAGACCAACUAUUGCAUUGAGUGGGAUUAUGACAUGUGCCAGAGCAAUUAUUUAAAGGGUUUCACAUUAUGUCAAUACGGAUAGAGACUGUAUUAAUUUUAGGGUGAGUCUCAUAAUCUCACUGAACUAAGGAGUGUAUUAAGGGGUAGAAUUGGAUUUUUUAAUUGGGAGAAAGAGGUUUCGUUUAAAAAGUGGAUAAAGAAGACAGAGCAUUGUGAAAUUUUUCAAGUGUUACGGGGCGAAAAUUAAAAAGUGAUCAAAGUUCUAUAAGACAAUGAUUCUAAUGUGGAGUUAUUAGUUAAUCAAAUGCUAAAUCAAAAACCUCAUGUCAAUCUACUUCAUUCGGAUGAGUUCUAUAAGGACGAGCUUUAAGUGUAUUUACUGAUGGACUUCCACGAACAAUCAUUAGGGGAUUUAUAAAAUGAGUACAGUAAAAAAAGAUUACCUAUAAAUAUAUUAAGACCUAUCCUUUAAUAAUUAUUGGAAGGUGUCAAUCAUUUACACUCUCACAAAAUAAUCCACAAGGAUUUAAAAUACGAUAAUGUCUUGAUAACUCAGGAUGGAACAGUGAAGAUCAUCGAUUUCGGAUUAUCUCAAAUAGGGGAGGCCACAAAUAUCCGUUCUGGAACUGGCGGUUAUAUAGCACCUGAGGUUUUUUUGAAUCAGGCAAUAACAUCUAAAAGUGAUAUCUUCAGCAUUGGAGUCAUUUUCCACAAAUUGUUGACCGGGAAAGGAAUUUAUAAUAAUCUUAAUGAAAACAUGGCUGGCCGAAUGAAGAUAAGUUCUCACAUAAAAGAUAAGAACGCCAAGGAUCUGUUAUUGCAAAUGUUGAAUUAGGAUCCCAACCUAAGAUAUAGUGCUGAGGAUUGUUUGGCCCAUCCUUUUUUCACAGGCGAAUACGAUUAACCUUCCUAAAAAGUAUGUCUGAGCAACUACUUAAGUCCUCUUUCUUAAUAUAAAUUCUAACCGGUUUCUAUUUAAAUGGUUAGCCUAUCUUUAUGA